AUGCUUUCAUGUGCCUUAUGCUCCUGCUGCUCUCGAUCGUGCUCCCGCUGCUCUUCUGCAGCAUCAUCUAUUUCUGCAUCUUACGACCUGCAUUUUUUUGAAAACAUUAACCCACUGAGCGGUUUUGAUGGGAAGGAAUCGUUGGAAACAUACAUGUGGGAACAGUCAUUGAAGGUGGAGCCAAAAGAUCCUGAUAAAAUGGAAUUUGUUAAACCAUCUAGACCAGCUCAUGUGCUGAAAUCGCCAGGUAUUAAACCGCCGAAAGGAAUCUCAUCAGCACUCUCAACUAGUGGCCCAUCCAACCAUUAUUCUGGACAUCGCACUAGUGGACGAUGUUUCUCCGCACUUAACAAUUACAGUUCCAACGUAUCCCACUCAUCGGAUAUAUCACGUCCCAACUUCCUGCCAAGUUUCGAGGACCGAAAUUCUUAUCUUGGAAUGGUUGAAAUCACUCCAGGUCAGCAACCGCGGUAUCUUGGUGACGCAAAGCGCGGUACUCAGUCAACGAUUGCUUCACCAACAGAUCCACGAAUUCCGUCGGCAAUACCAAGGGCCAGGCAUCGAAGCGAUAAAGCAUCCUCAACACCACCAAGUCCUCGUUCAUCACAAAAUGGUCAUUUUCCUUCUCCAUCACCACCUCCUCUCUAUCCACGAAAAUUGUCAACCCAGGGGCAACCGGCUCCACCACCACCUCUAAAAGUUUCGACUCAUGCAACCCUAGAUUUAAAUGGUCCCAUUCCGCCUCAUUCUGCUCCAUUUUGCACUGUUUGUCCAGAUUCAUUUGUUUUUCCGCCAUAUGGAGGGAAUGCAAUAUGUUCCCAAACAACAAUUUUGGAAAAUACCUCCGCUAUAGCACAAACAACAAGCGUAACUACUCCAGCAGUACCACCAAGGAAAAAAGUGGAGCAAUUACCAUCUCCGCUGUCUGAUGAUGCUGUGCGCGUCGUCUGGAAUAAGGAAACAAAGCCAACAGUGCCUGAUGUAAGCGCUGCAAUGUCACUACCUUCAUCAUCGCAAAAUUCAAAUCAAGAUGAUGCAACUACAACGCCAAGGCUGUAUCCACGACGAACUUGUCAAGUAGAUCCACCUCCACGACCACCAAAAUUACUUAACAAAAGACCGCAAGAAUUAUUUGGUGAAAAGGUGGUUGCAGAAAGAAAUGGUUCUGAUUCGCCUCCUCCGUUACCGCCAAAAACUUACAAACGAAAGCAGCAGCAUAAUCGUUCACAAUAA